CUGUGAUGUUUGUGCAAUUUAAAGUGAUCUUCUAGAACAUGCGCAGUGUAGCUAUAUGCGUCAUUUGGCCUUCAUAUCGGGAGAGUUUACAACGACAUAAGUCAAAUAGAAAUACUUUCAUUAAAAAUUAAAUCUAAUUUGUUCUAAGAACAGAAAAAAAGUGAACGGACCCUCAUUUUUCCUUCUCAAAUGACGGAUUAUCUGCAAAGAACAACAAUGACCAUAAAACCGGAAAUGAGUAAAACUCAUGAACUGAUCCAAUUGCUGAGAAGUUUGAAAACUGCAAAAUUUGUCCCACGCUCUGAGUUUCUGAAGACAAUUUGUCUGGUAGACAGUGUUUUAGAGACUCUGUUCAAAAUUGAAAUCACAAAAACUGAACUGAGUACAAGUGACAGAAAUGUAAUCGGUCCGUUGAUUGCAGACUUGUUAAACGCUAUUGGUGCAUGGGUGUCGUUCAGUGUCGAUCAGAUUGAUGAAGCUCAUUUAGAGGAUUUUAAAAUAAAAAGAUCUGGACUAGAAUUUCUUUUAGAGAGAUAUCAAGAGCUACCAGAUGGUAAAGAAAACUAUCUGAAGGAUGCCUUUGAAACCUUCAAAGUCACAGAGGAUAUAGAAGGUUGGGAUGAACAGUUCAAAAAUGUGAGCAGUUCGUAUGAUCCUAAUGUCAUUUAUACUACACCUGAUGAACGAAUCCUUAAUGAUAAAGAAACAGAACAAUUGCCAUCAAGCCACUGGUGGUGGCAAUAUUAGAAUGUGAUUCAAAAUCCAAAGACAUAAAAAUAGGAACUAAUCAUUCAAAAGUCGAUAAAUCAAAAAUCAAAUGAACUUUUAAUAGUUCUAACUAUUUGCAAAAUGUCAAUAAAGUUUGCAGAUUUUCAUGAAUAUUGAAUCCUUACUUCUUAGUAUUAGAGUCAAUAUUAAAGUCUGUUAUACAUUUUUCUUGUGACUGAGAAUUUGGAUCACGAUAAUCAUGUUGGACUGGGAUGCAUCAGAUAUUAAAACCUGGAAGGAAGAAGCAUGGAUGCUGCAACAAGAUAUAUUCCUUCAUUUGGGUGAUAAAGAAUGGGAUGCAUGGGACAUAUCAGACACUGUUAUUCUUUAUCGUAAAAUUGGAUAUGGUUUGUACUCCCUUCCAGAAAAUACUCCUGAAGAAAAUAAUCCAACAGGCUAUAAUGAAGAACAAAUUCAUAAAAUAAAAUGUGUAGCUGAUUUCAUUUUGAAAAAUGCUAAAAACGAUAAGAUGAUUAAUUUUGCCUGUAUUUUUGUUUUUGUGAAAAUUUAUGAGGAACGUUAUUUUACUCCUGUGUUUAAAGUCAAAGGAAAACAGAACCAAACCAUAUUUGUUGAUUCAGAUUGUCGAAUUUAUAAAAACUGGCAAGAUUAUCUGAAUUCGAACCAUUUACCCAAAUGCUUGUAUUGCUAUCCCCGUGAUGGUUUAUAUCAAGGAGAUAUGAACAAAGUUUUAGUUGACUUUCGUACAUCUCCUAUAUGCAGUCUAAAGAAUGAUAGCACAUUGACAAUGGAGAAUUUUUCUCCAACUUCAAUGAUGCCAGCUUCUUUAUUUACUCUACCAAUAGCUAUUUCAAACCUAACUGAGGUGCAGACAACUUCAGCAAAUACUGAAGUGUAUCUUGUUACUCAGCAAAAUGUAAAUAUAGGAAAUAGUCAAAGUAGAAACCCCAAGGAAUCAAAAGCAAGUACAAAUUGGCUUGAAUUUCUAGGCUGUGCUUUAAGCAUUGCCCAAAAUUGUUUGGGUACAAAUAUUGCGCGAUCAACUGCAGCUGGCAAUGUACCAACUAAAGUAAUGAGACUUGCACAUGAUGUUGUCACUGUUGGUAGUUUGACUGUGAAUGGUCUGGUAACUUUGAAUAAUUUAAUUUCGCUAGUUGAUAAAGCAUCUAAAGGUUCCCUGACAUCUCUCGAUACCUUCCGUUUUUCGGCAUCUCUCCUCUUCUUUUCAAAUAGUCUUUUACAUGCAGAUACAGCUGAAGAACUCAUAGAGACCAUCCAACAACAUGUUCUAAACCAACAUUGUGAAGAUCUAACAGCACAACAGAUUGAGGAACUUUUUAGACUGUUGGAAGUUAUUGGAAAUACAGAAAUGCAUAAAAAUGCCAAUAGGAUCAAAGCGCUUAAGCAUAUUCCUGAUAAACAAGCUUUUUUUGAAAGUUUAGUGAACUUGAGGAGUGAUCUUGAAGAUCACGAGGUAAAGUUUUCAUUUAAAGAACUCGGUCUUAUUAAUAUCAAUAAUGAGCUUCACAUUGCUCCCACUAAACUUCUUCAAAUCUCAGAAGCUGAUCGGCAAAUGAUUCUGGAGGCUACACAAAAAUUAAAGGAUUCCACUGAGAAAGAUACUGUAUAUUGGAAAAAAAUUGAAAAGACAUUACAAAAUAAUCGCAUUAAAAUGGAAUUCCAGAGGCGCAUAGCUAUUCAACAGUUAAAACUAGCAUUCAAUACACAUAGUCUUAAUACAGUAAAAAUUGGAAAUGAACAGAUUUUUAAGGACAUGACACCAUAUGAACUGGACAGGCUUGCUACAGUGAUGAUGACAUCUGGUAAAAAUUAUGAUCCUAAAAUUUUGAAAAUUGUGAAUGAAUUUGCUAAGAGGCGUUGCUGUAAGACUGUCUAUGAUUAUUGUAAUUAUUUGGAAAUUACUGUAAAAUAUCUGGAGGAAUUGAAAAAUAAAAAAGAAGGCGAUUACCAGGAAGCUUUGGCUGAUGCUCAGAGUAAGGGAAACGUUAAUACUAAUACAUUUAAUCGUAACUAUGGAAUUGAGGGGAAAAGAGCAGUUCAUUUCAGAAAUCAAGUCUACAACGAUUUUGAUGCUAAUUGGGAGGAGAGUUUCAAAGAUUUAGAUAAGCUGUAUGCUAAGUUGGAAAAUAGGGUUCUACCAUUGAAUGAAAACAUAGAACCUAAGUUUGCUCUCAAUAGCUCUGCUAUUUAUCAUUAUUAUAAGCACUCUAAAUUUAAUUCUAAGGAUUUGACUGCAGAGGAAUACUUUAACAUUGCUUCAGAGUUAGUAAAUGAACCUAUAAAUCAACGUUCAGCUCAGCUGAAUCAGCAGGGAAAUCGAACUAUGAUUGUCCUUACUAACCCUAUCAAUGGUGGUAAAGGAAUUGUGGUUGAAGCAUUAGGAGAUGGUUCACGAUAUAUGGUCACUUUUUUUUAUGAUGAAAAAGUUAUACAACAAGCACAAAGUGGUAACACAAAAGAAUAAUAUACAACUACCAUAAAAUUUUAACUCUUAGCGCUCUGAAAAGUAAUUCGAUGCAUAAAUAUUUGCUAAAUAAGAGGACUUCUUUAUUGCUCCAAAGAAUUAAUAUAUAUAAAUUUUUUUAAGGUGAAUUUUUCCGGAAAAUUAAUAUACAUAUUUUUACCACUCUUAAGUAUUAUUACCAGUAAAAAUUUAAGAAAAUAAUUAAAUAAAACAACAAAAUGAUGCACUGCCUUGAAUGGUGCCUGAGAGGAGACAUCCGAGUGCUAAGGGUUAAUAGUUUGGUUUUGGAUAGAAUUAUAUUUCAUGCUUGCAAUGGACCUUUUUGUAUAUUUUUGUCUCCCUCUCUCUUUAUAUAUAUAUAUGCAAAAUAUUUUUUGAGAAAGCAGACAUGGAGUUCUUUAACAAUUUUUAUUUGCGACGAUUUAAUAAAAUAAUUCAGUUUUUA